GCUAGAGAGUAGAGCUUGAGGCGCGCGCGGCACCGCUCUAGCGGCCACGCUAGAGCGUAACGGACGGACGGACGGACGGACCGGCGCACCGGCGCAACACCGUGCCUGCGGCCCGUACAGAUGCUGACGAUGAUGCUGAUGUCGGUGCCGUUGCCGUUGCUGCCGAUGUCGCGCACCGGGCUGGAACCACAUCGUCCGCCGCCCGCGCCGUGAAGAAAGCGCGACCGCGCGCGCGCGCGCGCGCGUGCGAGAUCCACGGGUGUGCGGGGUGUCCACGUGCGUGUACCUGCCCGUAUAUACGUGGAUGCCUACGUGCAGUUGUGUACGCGCGUGCAUAUACAUGUGUACUGAGAGUUCGGCUUCGCUCUUCGUCUUACUUCCACCUCGCAACCCGUCUCGAGAUAGACUCAGUGUCCGCCGAGGCUUCAUCCGUCGGUCCAGUCCCGUGGAUCUUAGUCAUCGACCGUUCCACCAGAUCUGGUGGAGGCGGACGUGAGAAGGCGACGGCGAGGGCGGCGAAGAAGAUUACGACGACGUCGAAGGAGAAGGUGGCGGAAAAUGGAGCAGCGUACGGGGCAGGGCAGAUGUUACUGACGUUACUGAGCAAGCACAAAUACGACCGCGACGACGAUAACGAUCACGACGAAGACGAAGACGAGGGUAACGAGGGAGUCGAAGAGUAGUAGUAGCAGCAGGAGAAGAAGGCGGAAGAGGUGAAACGAGGAAAAAACGAACGACAGUGCCUGCGCGGUAACUGCAAGAGAUGCAGCAACAACCGCACUCCGGCCAACAACCUGGGUCCGGGGCGCCGAAUGGGGUGGCGGGGGGUGCCCAAUUGCCACAAACAGGUGGCAUAAGUCCGGCGCAACCUGGCGCGACCGGCACCGCCGCUAAUCGCGCGCAAGUUAACGGGGGUAGAUUCGACUUCGACGACGGUGGGACCUACUGCGGCGGCUGGGAAGACGGAAAGGCCCAUGGCCACGGCGUGUGCACCGGGCCCAAGGGCCAGGGCGCCUAUUCUGGCAGCUGGCACUUCGGCUUCGAAGUAUCCGGCGUCUACACCUGGCCUAGCGGGUCAGCCUACGAAGGACAAUGGCAGAACGGCAAGAGACACGGCUUGGGUAUGGAGACCCGUGGCCGUUGGCUCUACCGGGGAGAAUGGACUCAGGGAUUCAAGGGUCGUUACGGGGUGCGGCAGUCUACUACCUCCACUGCGAGAUACGAGGGCACGUGGUCCAGCGGUCUGCAGGACGGUUACGGUUCCGAGACUUACGCCGACAGCGGUACUUAUCAAGGCCAAUGGCUCCGCGGCAUGCGGCAUGGUUACGGGGUGAGGGCGAGCGCGCCGUUUGGUUUGGCCAGCCACUACAAACCUCCGAAGCAAGUAAGAGCGUCCUUGACGUCGUUGAGGAGCGCCGACGGAGGACCAGCGGUCGCUCCAACGCCGGAACCUACCGACAGAAGGGAUCGACGUGUGGACGACAGCCGAGGUGGAUUCGUCCUGAAAGCCAGGAGCGACGAUCCACCGGCUCGGAGAAAGAGCCUCACCGAAAAGUCCCUGAAAAAGGGCAUUCUCUCGGGUCUUAAGAUACGAAAGCAGAGGAGCACGGGAGAUUUGGAGAAACGUGGUACCGGUGGUAGUAUCAGAAGUAAUGCCAGCUCAGCGUCGUGGAUGUCGACCGAGAGCUCGCAAAGUCAAGCCUCGGCGUCGGUUCACACAGACAGCAAUGCGUCCUUUGUCAUCGAGGACGAACAGAUGGACGCGUCGGUAACUGAGACGUACUUGGGCGAAUGGAAGAACGACAAGAGGACCGGCUUCGGCAUAUCCGAGAGAAGCGACGGGUUGCGAUAUGAAGGCGAAUGGUUCAACAAUCGCAAAUAUGGCUACGGUGUCACCACGUUCCGUGACGGCAGCAAGGAGGAAGGAAAGUACAAGAACAACGUGCUUAUCACUAGCCAGAAAAAGAAGCAUCUCUUCCUAAUCAGGUCCGCGAAAUUCCGUGAAAGGAUAGAGGCGGCAGUGAGCGCAGCUCAGCGGGCGAGCAAGAUCGCUCUGCAAAAAGCCGAUAUCGCUAUCUCUAGGACGGCAACGGCGCGAGGUAAAGCGGAAUUGGCCGACAUCGCCGCCGAGCACGCCAGAGAGGAUUCCGAACUAGCGCAACAAACGGCGAGGCAGUUCGCGCCAGACUUCCGACAGCCGGGCUUAGAAAGGUUACGGAACAGGGAGAUACCCAAGUACGUCCCGCCGCCACAGGAUUCCAUGCCGGGUAAGAGUAUCCUGCAUAAGACAGCCAGCGUGGACCAACCCAGCGGCGCCACGCCGAUCAAGAGCGCCACGAUUGACUCCGCAACGACGGCGAUAACGACGUCGACGAACGCGACGCCAGCAUCCGCAGCGAACAACACCGUCAGCAAUGUGAUGCAAUCGAUACGUAGGACCAGUGUGAAGCCUCUGCCGCAGAAUCAGCUGCCUAUGCAAAACCAGAUACCGAAUCAGAUACCGCUGGUGAACCAGGCAUCCAUGAAUCAAUUGAACACUCAACAGACCUCGCUGAUCGGUCAGAAUCCGUAUCAACAGUAUCCGUAUCAGCAGCAAAACAUGACGCAAAACCCGGUCCCGACAAGCCAGUACUCGAACAGUAUACCGAACCAGUAUCAACCGAAUCAAUACAGCCAGCAGCACCACCAGUUCGUCCAGAACAAUCCGUACCAGACGCAGUAUCAACUGACUAAUCCAUCUCAGGUUGAGCAACAAUACUCCGAUUAUCAGCAACAACAGCAACAACAGCAACCAAUCGGAUUGCACGAUUUCCAAAAUUUGCAGGCUUAUCCCACUCAGCAGACUGUACUACCCAAUCAAUAUGGGCCUGGCCAGAUGAAUCAGUACAAUUCACAGCCAAUGUACGCACAACAAACGCACCCGUCGCAAUACCAGCCUGAUAACAUCAUGGAUGCAGCGAGACCGCCGAGCUCCACGAGUUUACGAAGAAAUAGCAGAGUCUUGAGUCCUCAGGAUCGACCUGGCAUUAUUGGUCAAACGCUAAACGACAGGCUGGAUCAUUACAAGAGACCACCUAGUCGCGACAGUUCUGUAGAUCGUUAUGCCAGAGCGCAUUCCCGGUUAACUGGAUCGAGACAACCAUCCGUCGACAAAACCAUAUCGAACCCACCUCCGGAGAUGCUCGACAGAUCGACGAGAGCUCCAAGCGCGAUAAGAGGAGGGACGCCGCUGAAUGGUUCCGUGAUAGGCAGCGGCGCCGCGACGCCGACAUACGCCGCGCCAACUCCUAACCAGUUUGAGGGGGCUCUCAUAAAAAAUCGUAGUCUUGGACAAGACAUUCUGCCGAGUCCUGGACAGCCUAAGCGCACCGAGAGCCUUUACAUGGCUCGCGGACAGCCCGGCGGCGGUGGCGGUGGCGGUGGCGGUGGCGGUGGUGGUGGUGGUGGUGGUGGAGGCGGCGGCGGCGGUGGUGGUGGUGGUAUUGUGCCGAAGGAAGCAGGCCGGACGGUCCCCGCCUUCGCCGCAACGUCAAAGGGCCGCGCAACCCUAUAAGUAUAAGUAUAAAAUAUGUAUACAGAGCGAUGUUAUGUAAUAGCGGUUGGCAAGGAAGCGCAGCUUUCGAUAGGCUCACGUUGCAUUUCGAGCCGAAUCGGAAAUCUAAGAAAUCACGAUUCGCGCAACCCCCCCCCGCCCCCGACAUUCCGCCGUUUCCGCCCAACUCACCUCGGCAUUAAAUAUUUCAGAACGAAUUAAGUUCCGAUAACGAAUCUUGUCUCGGGGUAGUUUUGAACGCGCGCAUUGACGAUAUUUUUCUAUGAAUUUACGAAUCUCUCUGCAUCGUCCGAUAUUACCUUAACUAACGGAGAGACGCGAUUGCGCGGCUUGAACACGCUGUGUCCGAAUAAUUAAUUAUGUUAAUGCAGCUGUCGAAGCAGGCUCGCGAGCAGAACCGACUUGUUCGGUUCCGGUCGGACUGGUUGAAUUUUCGCAGUUUACGCACGUUCACUUGAUAUACAUUGAAAAAUGUGAGGUAGGUUUCCAGAGCGGGGCCUUAUAUGAAAAUGAGAGAAUUUUCUAGUAACGAACAUUUUUUCGUGAAAAAUUUUGGUGCUAUGUUAUGGGACGUAACGCUUAAUGGAAGAGACAUUUGUACCUGGUAUAGAUUGCUAUUAGCUGUUAACUUCGCCGCGGUGUCGAACAAUAAAGACGCUCAUUAAUAGAAUCGCGGCUGAAGGAAGCGCAUUUGAAAUGAGCAAUGCAUAUUUAUGGGAGA